GCUUGUUAGGAAGAUACAGACAUCAAAGCUAUCCAUUGCCUCCCGAAUUUGGUCAACCUUCAAACUCGGAAACGUUGGGAGAGACCUUAGACCGUACAUCUCCGCAAGAUUUACAAAAGGAAUGCACAAAUGAGCCAAAAUACGUUGAUUUGAAUGUUUUUCUUGAAUUGCAUAAGGGAAUAAUGGAAAAUUUGGGACAAAGACAGUACGUUAGGGACAUAGGUGUGCUUGAAUCCGCUUUUCAUAGACCACAGUGGAUGUUUUAUUAUUCAGAAGCUCAAUCGAUUCCAUCACUGUUUAGAAUGGCCGCCGGCCUUGGAGAGAGCGUUAUUAAGAAUCAUGCAUUUUUGGAUGGAAAUAAGAGAGCUGGCCAUCUUGCCAUUUCUAUGUUUUUAGCUAUCAACGAUUAUGAUCUGGUCGCGGAUGAUGCUUCUACCGAGAAAAUUACAAUAGGUGUUGCAACAGGUGAUGUUAAUAUAGAUAUUUUGGAAUCUUGGAUUACUAGUAAUGUGAAAAAGAGAGAGUAG